CCGUACAUUAUUAAGGUAUAAACGCCGAUGACAGAAAGAGAAAAAUCUGGAGUGAGAGAGUGAGCGUUUUCUUUGAUUGUCGUCUGAAGCCACACCCGUGGGUGGCCUCAGAAUCUCCUCCCUUAAGGUUAAAAGCACAAGGAAUGACAAGGAGUGCAAACUGUCGAGUGAUAGACAGGUGAUUAGACCUGAGAUACAGUCAGAGUUUACUUAUCUGUCCAACUAGCCAUCAGUGAAGGUUUCAAAAUGAGCAAGUAUUCAGCAUACAAGAAUCCCACUCUGCUGAAAGACAACAGCUGGAUCAGAAAAGUGGACGAUGAGGAUGAAGCUGUCGAUCGAGACCCAAACUUUGGCAAGACUGUUCUAAGCCAGGUCAAAACCGAGGAGACUUCUGUGGGUCCAGGGGGGGAAGAAGUAAAAACCACCACAACUACAAAAACUUCCACAUCUGUGCAGGCGCUCAGCAAGAGAUUUGGCGCAAGUCAGGAAGAUCUGAACAGCAGCAGCACCCUCCCCUCCAGCAAGACAUCCUCCUACUCCAAAAGCAGCACCUACUCAUCUGUGAAGUCCGACUCGCCGGUCAGAACCACUCCCAAAAUGACUGUCAUAGGGAAACCUCAGACAAGCACAAGGACCUCCUCUGUCUCCAAGGAUGGCAAAACCACUGAGACCACCAUCACCACCACCCAGAGUCUUAGAUCCCCUGUGCUUAAGAGUCCCACCAUGACUGAGACAUUCAGCGAGAGGGUCAAGAAUACAAGCAAAGGGACAAUGUACUCAAGCUUCUCACCAACAAAGACAACCAAAGUGACUGAAACAACUGUUAGCAGCAAUAACGAUGCUGAGGACGAUCUUUUUGAUACCCUCAUCCCUUCAAAGAUCAGGGAGGAUUACUCACCCACAGACAGCAAAAAGACUGUUUCCACGGUUGAGACUGUCACUGUGAAAAGCAGCGCUGACAUUGAUGCGGAGGACCAUCUUUUUAACACACUCGUCCCCUCAAAGACCAAGGAUGACUACUCACCCACAGACAGCAAAACAACUGUCUCCAGCACUGAGUACGUGACAGUGAGAAGCAGCAGUAAUGGAAAGGAGACUAAAACUACCACCACGACUAGGAGUUCUGCCUCGGCCGAGGAUGACCUGUAUGGCACACUCUUGCCUAGUGGCAUUACAAAUGCGUCCAGCCUGUCCUCUCCUGUCAGCAGCAGCAGCAGCAGCAGCAGCAUCUCAAAGAGAGAGAUCACCACAGUUGAGAGCAGCAGAGGAGGUUCAAGCCCAUCCUCCACCCUAAGGACCUCCAGCUACAGCUCGUACACUGAUGAUCUUCCUUCCACCCGCACCUCCUCCUACACCAUCAGCAGCACACCCAGUGACGACUACAGCAGCGACAAGUCCUACUCUUACUCCAAACCAAACUCCAGCUAUGAGUACACCAGUAUCUCCAGUCCCACCUCCUACACCUCAAAAACAUACAGGAGCAGCAGCCGGUCAGAUGACGUGUCAGAUUCAGUCUACUCAUCCUCCAUGAAGAGUGUGUAUGGAGCUCCUGAGAGGACGGUGCUUGAGAAAGACCUGUGCACCUACUGCCGUAAGCCCUUCACUGGUGACGCCAAGAUGGUCCUGGAUGACAUGAAGAUCAACUGCCACAUUACCUGCUUUAAAUGUGAGGUGUGUAACAGCAAUAUGGGUUAUAUGAAAGCUGGGGACAGCAUGUGGAUCUACAAACGCAUGGUGCACUGUGAAAACUGCUUUGAGAUCACCAGAGAAAAAUGGUGUCGCUGAAUAUCCCCAAGCGCUCCCUGGAGAAGAAGCAUAUAUGAUUAUAGAUAAAAAUGGAUUGCUGUUUAUCAGUAUGUUUAUGGUGAUAUGGGUUCUUGUGUUUUUACAAGCUGAUAAAAAGCUUUAUCUUGGUGUUUUGACAAAUGACAGUUACAUAUUGAAUAUACCUUUUUAGUAACAUGCACCUACAGCUAUCUGUUACUGUGUUGUUGACAUUGUGAUAUUGCUGCCUCUGUUUCUACAACUUUUCACAAAUGUAGCCUUUUAGCAGACUCUUGUGUGAAACAUAAAAUAAGAUAAUGCAAUAUUUAGGGCCGGGGGCUUUUUCUGAGUGCAAUAAAGGCAAUCAAUAUAGCUUUA